CAGAGAGCACAAGUAGGCAGAGCGGUAGGUAGAGGCAGAGGGAGAAGCAGGCUCCCUGCUGAGCAGGGAGCCGGAUGCGGAGCUUGAUCCCAGGACCCUAGGAUCAUGACCGGAGCGGAAGGCAGACACUUAACCGACUGAGCCACCCAGGUGCCCCUAACUCAUUGUUUAAAGAAAACUAAAACCUGGACAUGUAACAGAAAAACUCUCCAGUCUCAAAUACGAAUUAAAAAAAAACCAAAAAACAAAAGGCUUUUACACCUAUGUUACUUAGUUUUCAGGUGCACACGUUAGAUGUUAAGAAUGCCUACUCACCUGGACUUGAGAUCUGAGUUCUAGUCACUAAUUUACUUCUAACUAAGCCAGUGACCUUGGGCAAGUCCUUACUCUCCAGAUCUCCCUUCCCUGUUUGCCAAAAGGAGACUACUCUGAUUUUUGAAGGUUCCUUUCCAGGCUUAAUACCGGGCCUGAGAUAGAAAAUAGGGGAGAACUACAAUAAAUUCUUUUUUGGGGAAAUAUUAAAAAAAAAAAAAAAAAACAAAACCCAAAAACUUGUAAGAUAAAAAUUGCAAUAUUUUCACCCAUCAAGUUCUGAAAGCUUACUUUUAAAAACAUAAGGAAUAAAAUAAGAUUAGUUUUAAUUUCUUUAAGUCUGUCAAUUACCUGAAUGCCAGGUUUAAAACCAAGGGCUCUGUGACCUAUAUACACUACUUUACCCUAAUGUCCUUAGACCAGAUUCUUAGGAAGCGUUCAAUAGAAGGAACACGGCCCUUUCCUCAAAACACAGCUCCACGGAGUGCGUGGCAAGCAAGCAAGAAUUUCAUGUUCACCAGCCUAAAUGCAUGAAACAAAGGGGAAGGUGCUCCAUUUCCUUCAUGAAAGGGCUCUUGAGCGAGAAACGCAGCGCCGCUGGCAAAACUAAAACACGACGACAGAAGAGCACCCCCCCACGUUCCAGCGAUUUCCGAACAAGUCCGGGUCCCACUGGUGCCCCCCAUUCCUCCCCACCAUACCCCUCUCUAAGCCGAGGCCUUGCUCAGGAGAGCCCAGCAGGGCCUUCUCCAAAAACCACUGAGUCAUGCAGAACAGCAGCUCCGCAGGCGAGGCCGGCCCCGCGCCGACCCCCGACCCUGACCGGCUCCUCCGAGGCGGCGGCGAACUGCGGAGGAAGGGGGGGUGCGGCGAGCAGGGGGCCGGGGGUGCGGCCGCCGCCACGGCCCCUUUGUCUCUCCGGGUCCGGCUGCCCACGCCGGGCGCCGCGCAGAAAGCGGCCGGGACGGACGCGAGGGAGGCCCGGAGCCCACACGCUGGGCAUUGUUCUCCGGACCGUGCGGGUGCAGGCGAGCCGGCGACGCGGGGUGCCGGACCUCGGGCCACGACGACAGGAUGACGCCUCCGUCUUUGUGCUUCCUGAGCUGGCGAGCGGGCUCCCCUCCCCCGGAGGCCGCCGGCCGCGGCCCGCUCGGGCUCCGCCAGAGGCCCGAGGCGGCCCGGUCACCCACCCCCCAUCCCCCCGGCCGGGCACGAGCCGCCGGGCGCCGUCCCCCAGCUCCGCACCACUCACCCUGCGGGGGCAGGAGUGCAAGAGCCGGGCUCGCGCGCGACGCCGGCGCGGUGGGGCCGGGCCCGGGCCUCCGGGAGAGACGAGCCGUGCGCCCAGGAGCGGCCGCCGCGGGCCGGGAGCGGGGCGGAGGAGGAGGCGGAGGGAGGACCGGAGGCCGCGGCGGCUAACGCUGCCCGCGGCACUCGCCCGUCGUCACCUCACGCCUCCACCGGCGGCGGGCUGGGCCGACUCCGAGGGCGACCGGGACGCGCGCAGGGAGGCCUGGGCGCCGGAGGGCCCGCCGGUGGUGCUCUCCGUCGCCUCAGCUACGGCCGCGGAAGUUGCGUGGCUCCUGGGAGCAAGCGAGCCCCAAGUCCAGGUGCACACUGGUCCGCGCUCCGUCCGACUGACGCUCUCUAUCCGCCCGGCACCCGGGCAGUGA